UAACGAACUACGCUAAGGGGAAGUAAAGCCGGAUGAGUAUAAGAGCGAGUUCUCCUAACCUGUGAGCCAGCUGGCCUGGGUUGCCAUAGCGAGGUGGGCGCUGGUGUCGCGCGCGGGAGCUGUGAUCAAUAGCAGUGGUUCGCUGUGUGAGUGUGUGUUGUGCGGUGCGACGAGCUGGCAUGUGUUGCACUGCCUCUCCUCGCGUCCCGUCCUGUCCGUGGUAGUGCAGGCAACUUGUGGUGACACUGAAAUGUGUGUGUGCUGACGCGGGGGCCUCCUGCGGGCCGAGGAUGACCUUGUCCGAACUUGGUGUAUGUGUUUCCUCGGCUGCCAACACCAAGCGUACAGCACCAGCCCCGCUCCAGCUCGUCCCCGCUCAGGAGGUGAAUAAUGUGAGCGGCGUGUCGGCCCCACCCAUGGAGAGAUGCGCUUCAAACACCUCCACCUUCUCCUUCAGCCAGGACAUCUGCAGGAUUUGCCACUGCGAGGGAGAUGCGGAAACGCCCCUCAUCGCCCCCUGCUACUGCGCCGGCUCGCUGCGCUACGUCCACCAGUCAUGCCUGCAGCAGUGGAUCAAGUCCUCGGACACCAAGACCUGCGAGUUGUGCAAGUUCAAUUUCAUCAUGCACUCAAAGAUCAAGCCGUUCAACAAGUGGGAGAAGCUGGACAUGUCGGGGAUGGAGCGGCGCAAGAUAGCUUGUUCCGUCACCUUCCACGUGGUGGCCAUCACCUGUGUCGUGUGGUCCCUGUAUGUCCUCAUCGAACGCACUACCGAGGAGGUCCAGGAGGGUUCUCUGGAGUGGCCCUUCUGGACCAAGCUCAUCGUGGUGGCCAUAGGCUUCACGGGUGGCCUGGUGUUCAUGUACGUGCAGUGCAAGAUGUACGUGCAGCUGUGCAAGAGGUGGCGUGCCUUCAAUAGAGUCAUCUACGUCCAAAAUGCUCCCGAAAAGGUUCCUCUGAGUGAGCGGGACCGAGCGGACCUUCAGCGGGAGGCGGCGCAGCAGUGCGGCGGCGGCGGGGGCGGCGGCAAGGACACGUGCAGCGAGUCCCAUGAAUCAGAAAAGUCACUCAUGGGUGUGUCCAUCAUCACGGGGGCGACCGGCCACGACCUCACGCCCACCACUACCAUCACUUUCUCUUCCUCACCACUCAGCACUAACGCUUCUAUCACAACCACCUCCACUCUCACCUUCACAAACUCCACCACUGCCACCGCCACUCCCAGUCCUCCAGGGGCUGUGUGGACGGACGUGGCGGCACUGCAGCCUGCACCGCAGACUAGUUUCACAGGGGUUUUGUCUGGAAUGCGAAGAUCCAGAACCACACCUCACCAAGCCACAGCAUUCCUCACAAAAGGACCAGCGGAGUCAAGGUCCACAGCCAGAGACGCAUGUCCAACACUAGAAAGCCCAUUUUUAUAUGAAGGAAGGUGCAAUCAUGGAAGUAUGGAGGAGCUCUCCAGCCAAGCCCUAGCACAAAAUGAAAGGCAGCCUUUCAGGAAAUCAGUUUCUCAUAGUAUGUGCCUAGAGAAAGGUGUAGAGCGUGCUUUGGGUAAGGGUGGGAUGCAACAACCUGACUCUGUGUUCGACAGUGAAGGGUCUGCUUGGGAGACUCGUUCACACUCCCGGAGAGGGGAUGGGCCAAAAGCUGAACCGCGGAUGAUCCACACACCCAGCCUGAGCCUCCAGUGCAGGACUGAAGGUGGUGUAGAAGGACACGAGGUUGAGACACUGCACCUCGACAACAUGUGAUAACACAAUGCUGAAUGUUUUAGGUAUAUGAACAAUGUGGUCUUCUUCAUCCAUGAUUUCCUAACACAGUAUAUAUUCAUAUAUGUUGUGUCUUAGACAAAGAGGAAUUUGUUGAUGUCAUGAAACAAACAAACUGAAGGGUUUUUAAAUCUUUGACUCACUGUGAGUGAUGAGCUUCGUCAAAAUUAUACAUGGAUAAAAUUCUUUAUAUAAAACAUGUUCAUGAGAGCUUUGAAUACAUUUCAGAAUUGUUCUGGAAGCAGUAUCAUGAUUUAGAAUAAAUGUGAUAUUUACAUUGACUUCCUUGGUCCCUGCUUAUAUAAAGUAGUACUAAACAGAACAGAUAUGACUGAGUCUGUAAUGUAAGUGUUUUGUUAAGGAGAUGCUAAAGUCAAGUGAUUAUUAUAUUUCAUACAACUAUAUUGUAUUAUGUACUGUGCAUCAUCUUGUAUUAUCAAAUUAUUCCCAUAACCUUCAAUAUUUGUACAAUUCCUUGAUGUCCAAGAAUUGAUAAGAUCACAGGGAGUUAAGUAUACAAACCUUGAGUGUUCAGGGACAGGGUUCAGUCAUCUUAUAAUCUAAGUUACCAUAUGGAAUACUUGUGUGUCUGUGUACAGUGAUAUUUACAGUAGAUCAUUCACAAAUGUACAAUUUUAUAUGGUUCAAUUUGCAGCACAUCACCAAAGAAAGUGUUUUGACUUGAAACAAAAUAAAAUUGAAUUAAGAACAGUAUGUAAACAAUAUUAUUAAGCAUACACACCAAAUCACUAAACACAAGACUAGUGUGUUUGUGGGGUGGUGGAAGCUAAAGCCAAUAAAACACUGUAGGUGAGUUUCAGAAUCAAAGGGAACAUUUUUGUUAUUCAAUCAUCCAAAUUUCUACUGUACAUUGUAUGCAGUACAUAUAUAUACAUAGUACAUACAUACAUACAUACAUAUAUAAAUACAUACAUACAUAUAUGAAUUAUUUAUGCUCAUACGAGUAUAUGCUUACUGUAGUUCAAGCAUUGUAAAUUUAUAAAUUACAAUCUUCUUUUGUACAAUUCUGGUUUUUCUAGCUAUGUAUUGUAUGGCAUUUUUACUCUGAUCACAACUUUGGAAAGCAGAGUAAUACUAUUUUUAUGUAGUGUGAUGAUGGUGAGCUUUUAUUACAUAAUUUCAUUCAUAUACCUGUGUGAUAUGUAUAAGAAUAUAUAAUUUAUAUAAUUAUAUAUAUAUAUAUAUAUAUAUAUAUAUAUAUAUAUAUAUAUAUAUAUAUAUAUAUAUAUAUAUAUAUAUAUAUAUAUAUAUAUAUAUAUAUAUAUAUAUAUAUAUAUAUAUAUAUAUAUAUAUAAAGAUGCUAAAUCCUGUUUACAAACAUUCAACACAAAACUAAGCCUAAGAAUAAUUGAAUUACUAAACAACAUGUACUGGUAUGCUGACAUCAGAGGAUAAAAAUUCACUAUUGGUUUUAUAUUGAAUUGUAAUUGUUAUCUUUAGUUUAUGUUCUUACAAAAGGAUGGAACGUCAGUGCAUUCUUGGGCUCCUUCACUCUCAUGUCAGCAAUUAGGUACAACUCCAACUGCCCCUUCCUAGUCAUGAAGAGACUUGCCUACCAUGUGCUUAACUAGUUGUGAUAUUCCCAUGUUAGAUUUUACUGUAAAUAGUUUGUCACAAGGGGACAACUUUUGUACUCAAAGUUAGAAAAACGUAUUUAUUGUUUUUAUAUAAGAUGUAUCCGCCCAGGAAGUGGUGAGUGUGUUCUCUUAUUAGGUGUUGUGUCACUGUACUUGGGAAACAUGGGUUUGUAUCUUGUGUUUCUACAUUGGUAUGAGUAAUAAUGUGUAGAAUCUGAAUCCUGUUUCAUAUCACAUGUGGCACUUAACUAUUGGGAGGUUGUGAUAUCUCUGUGGUUCUUGUGAAUGUGUGGAGUGUGUAUGUGCUUGCGUGCAUGUGCUGCAAAAAAGUCAGUGGUGCAUUUCUGUGAUUUGUGCCACUUUCACAACUUCUUGAAUAGAUAAUUUGACAUGAAAUUUUGGCAAGAAAUUUACAUUUAAAUUUUAAAAUCAGGAUCUAAAUUAAAGUAAACUGAUUUCAAAGAAGUAAAUUUCUUGGUUUGCCAAAGUUCAGCAUUUAUUGAAAAAAAAUCAAUAAAUAAACAAAUAAGAAUUAUAGAGUAUACAUUUGAUGAUACUGGGAUGAUAAUUUAUCAUGUGUGAAAUGUAGAUGUUCACUGACAAUGGUAAUGAAAAAUGAACAUUAUAGUAUA